ACAGAAAUAAUUGAAAUAUUCAUAGAUACAAUUCAUUCCUUUUUUUUUUAUUUCAAAUUCUGUUUUACAUCCAAUCAACGUAUUAUCCAUUAACUUGUGAAUUGGACAAGGAAAUCUAUAGAAUAAGUCAAUGUUGAGAGUCCCAAUUCAUUACAAAAACUCCAAUAAUUGCCUUGUUUGAACACGAAUGUUCAAAGUUUUGUUUUUAUUUUUCCUUUGAUAUAAUCAUAUAUGUUGGCAAUGGAUGGAUGAAAUUGUUUUGGUGUGGUGACAUUUGCGAAGAGAAGAUGAAUUAUUGAGAAUUGUAGAGCUUUCUGGGAUAUUCAAUUUAGAGGAAACCCAAAAUGUCUAUUCAUCAUCAGGGAAAUGUUGAUAGCAACAAUGUUACAGGUUCUUGCCUUUACGAACUUCUGCAAAUGGAAUCAUCUGCAAAUUGUAGCGGUCAUCAACCAGAAAGACGAAACCGUUCUUCAAGUCCUCGACAUAGACUACAGAGGCUGUUGAGUGAAUCUGGCAAUAGAUUUUGUGCAGAUUGUGGAUCUCCAGAUCCAAAAUGGGUAUCAAUAAAUCUUGGAGUUUUUAUAUGUAUCAAGUGCUCCGGAGUACAUCGAAGCCUUGGAGUGCACAUAUCAAAGGUUCUGUCAGUGAAGCUCGAUGAGUGGACAGAUGACCAGGUUGAUAGUAUGAUAGAGAUGGGUGGAAAUAGUGCAGCAAAUAUGAAGUAUGAAGCUGCCAUUCCUGAUAGUUACAGGAAGCCCAGACCCGAGGCUUUGAUAGAAGUGCGUACUGACUUUAUCAGGAGAAAAUAUGAGCUGCAGCAAUUUCUAAACUCUGAUGAACAGAUGAUUUGCCCCUUCCCACCGUCAUCGUCUUCACAUUACAAUUCUUUAAGCCUUACUUGUAGUUUGGCUCUGGAUAAGAGGAAUUAUGAGAAACAAUCGACUGGACAUCGCAUCCAUGGCAUAGGGCAUGCAUUUCGCAAUAGCUGGAGACGGAAAGAAUCUGAACAUAGAAGCACCAAGAAAAGUAAUUCAAUGGCAGGUAUGGUUGAGUUCAUAGGAUUGAUAAAAGUCAAUGUGGUGAGAGGGACCAACCUAGCUGUCCGUGAUGUUGUAACAAGUGAUCCUUACGUAAUUCUCUCCUUGGGAAGCCAGUCCGUCAAGACACGUGUUAUAAAGAACAAUCUUAACCCAGUCUGGAAUGAAAAGCUAAUGUUGUCAAUUCCAGAAAAUGUUCCUCCUUUGAAAAUGCUAGUCUACGACAAGGAUACAUUUACAACGGACGACUUCAUGGGGGAAGCUGAGAUUGAUAUCGAGCCCCUUGUUACUGCAGCAAAAGCAUCUGAAAAUUCAACACUUAGUGAAUCAAUGCCGCUUGGGAAAUGGAAAGCUAGCAAAGACAACACUCUAGUUAAAGAUGGCAUGAUUAGUCUAAUAGAUGGAAAAGUGAAACAAGAGAUCAGUGUGAAGCUACAGAAUGUUGAAAGGGGAGUACUUGAGAUUGAGCUUGAAUGUGUUCCUCUCACGCAAUAGCAGGUGCAAGUAAUGGAAACAAAGUAUGAGGAUCCUGUAUCUUAGCCAAAGUUGGAGCUUCUGAUUACAUUUGAGUUGGUCAAGGGCUUCAAACAUAGACCCCAUAGGAGAAGAAAAUGCAACAUGCAGGGAAAGUAUACUGAAAUUAGUUACCAUUGCCAGAAUUUCUUGUCUGGAUUAGUCGCAAAAAGUGAAUUAUGCUCGUUACACAUGGCUGAAAUGGUGAAGGGUCGACCAGUUGAAUAGGCAAGUGUAGACUGCGGUAGAAAUGCAAGGAAAUCCAGAAUCACACCAUCAUCCAACUUUUUCUGUUAUAUUAGACUUUUGAUAUUGCUAGGGCAAGAGAACAUUCUAAUGAACUGUAUGUACCUGUUCUAAACAAAAUAACCAUUUGUCUGGCUUUGUUAAUGCUC